UUGGGUGACAGAAUUUUCAUUUUUUGGUGAACUAACCCUUUAAGGCCCGUUCACAUCAAGAACGAUAACUAUAAAGAUAAGCGUAUACUGUACACAAACUCACUAUAUCGAUCUGUUUAUUAUUAACACGGCUGCAGUUUUGUCACGUGUCGCUUUAAAUCCUCGCGCUCUUACAGCAUGAUGGAUUCUGAUUGGCUGUUAAUGAUUUUAUCGUUCAUCAGCUGAAAAAAAAAUCGUUCUGAAAGUGAUUCCAUCCAUAUUGUUUCAAUAUGCCGUUAUCGUUACAGUUAUCAUCAUUGUUUGAACGCACCUUUACUGGGACACCGAGCUCAGCAGAAGUUAAUGCAGUCAUAUAUUAACGGAGUGAGAGAGCCACACUAACUUGUUUACCAGAAGACAUCUGAAGACAUGUCUGCUCUGAAGAAGACCACCAGACCACCAUCAGCUGAGGAAGAGACUCGCGACUAUAAACAGGGGAUGAAUAUGAAGAAGGUUCUGGAUUUGAGUUCUGGAGACUCUCACAACGCUGGAGUGAAGCCAAUAACCUUUGUUAGACAGGUCAUAGCCGGAUGUUUGUAUCCCAGUCUCCUGCAGAGCGACGCUCUUCCUCCUGACGCUCGUCUCAGAGCUCAGAUGUUACUCCGUCACUUUGAUGGAGGCAGUAUCGGUUCGUACACUGAUUCAUGUGGAUCGAUGUACGUCAGAAACACUAUAGCAGAGUCGAUUUCUCUGCGGGACGGAGGCGUCCCAUCCAGUCCAGAGCAAGUGUUUAUCACUGUUGAGAUCCAGAGGGGUUUGAUGGUGAUGAUGCGACUGCUGUGUCAGUCAGAGGGCGUGUCUGCUGUUAUGAUCCCAGACCCCGCCCCUCACACUCUGGCACGCCUCCUGGAGAGGAUGGGCAUGGUUCCGGUGCCCUAUCGGCUGCAAGAGCAGUGUGGGUGGAGCGUGGAGAGGGCGGAGCUUAACAGAGCCAUCCAGGCGUCGAGAGGGCGGUGCUCUCCACGGGCAAUUUAUAUCAGUAACCCCGGUGACCCUACAGGGCACGUCCAGAGCAGGGAGUCCAUCGAGGAUGUGAUUCGCUUCGCUGCCGACGAAGAACUUUUCUUGUUGGUCAACGAGGUUUAUCAGAACACAGUUUUUGCGGACGGCUCAGAGUUCGUGUCCUAUAAGCGGGUUCUGGCUGAGAUGGGAGCCCCUUAUUCUGGGAGCGUUCAGCUGGCCUCGCUCCAUUCGCUUUCCAACGGCAUCAUGGGAGAGUGUGGUUUCAGGACGGGAUAUAUGGAGCUGGUGAAUGUUGAUCAAGCUGUAAUGUUAUACACUGAGGUUCUUCUGACAGGAGAUUUGUGCCCUCCUGUGAUUGGUCAGAUCGCUCUUGAUGUCAUGGCUGAUCCGCCCCAUCCUGGAGAACCUUCCUACACUUUAUACACACAGGAGGUGGCAUCCAGACUAAUGACUCUGAAGUGUAACGUUUCCAGGGCUGUCAAAGUCAUUAAUGAUCUUCCGGGAUUCAGCUGUCUGUCAGUUCAGAGCGGAAUCUUCCUCUAUCUGCACCUGACUCUUCCUCACUCAGCUGUGACACAUGCACAGUCUGUGGGGUUGUUGUACAGCAGGAGGUUGUUGGAGGAUCAGGGUGUGUGUGUCGGGUUCAGUGAAGAUCACACACAUCCACGGAGCUGCUGCCACUUCAGGUUGUGUGUGCUGAUGCCAUCAGAUGAACUGGAGGAGGCUCUCCGUCGCCUGCGAUGUUUUCACUAUCAGUUCCUCAAAGAAUACUGUGAAAUUACAAUUAGUGCACCACAACAGAGCAAUUAAAUAACAGUUUAAUUAAUGCACAAAUUCAUAUAAGCCUACAGAUGAAACUAUACUUAAGUUAUUUCUAUUAGGCAGUAUAUUUUCAUGUAAAUCAUGUUACUUGAUGAUAUCAUUAUAAAAUAGCAGCACAAACAUUCUGGGAUAAUUUAUGGUGUUAGUUUGAUAAAAUUACACAAAUUAUUUAAUAAAAUUAACAUUUUAAAAAAACGACCUCCUCAUGUAACAGUAACUGUCAAUUUUUUGUCAAGGUUUAAAUUGUCAAUUAUAAUUAAUAAAGUUGAGAAUAUUUAUAAAUGUCUUCCCUUAAAGGGAUA